AUUUCCUCCGUAUAAAAUCCUUCCGUCUUCGUCUUAUUCUUCUGUCGAAGAGCGCUAAAAUCGGCCGCCAUGGUGAAGUACUCGGCAGAACCCGAUAACCCCACCAAGUCCUGCAAGUCGAGAGGAUCCGAUCUCAGGGUUCACUUUAAGAACACAAGGGAAACCGCACAUGCCAUUAGGAAGCUUCCAUUGACAAAGGCCAAGAGGUACUUGGAAGAUGUGAUAGCUCACAAGCAAGCCAUCCCAUUCACUCGUUUCUGCAGAGGUGUUGGCCGUACCGCCCAGGCGAAGAACAGGCAUUCGAAUGGCCAAGGUCGUUGGCCGGCAAAAUCUGCAAAAUUCAUCCUCGAUUUGCUCAAGAACGCUGAGAGCAAUGCCGAGGUCAAGGGCUUGGAUGUGGACGCCCUCCACAUUUCACACAUUCAGGUGAACCAGGCUAGGAAACAAAGGCGUAGGACUUACCGUGCCCACGGAAGAAUCAAUCCCUUCAUGUCGUCCCCAUGCCACAUCGAGUUGAUUUUGUCGGAGAAAGAAGAGCCCGUGAAGAAAGAGCCUGAAACGCAGUUGGCAACCAAGUCGAAGAAAUCAGCAUCAGCAUCAUCUUGAGCUUUAUAGACAUCUAUUUUGGUCCGAAUUGUUUUUUUUUUGCCAUAUAUGAACCGUUGUUUUGCAGACAUCGUAAUGGAUGAUUUCGAAUUUUCUGAGACUAUCGCUGUUCGAGAUA